AUGGCGACUACUUCUCUCUUCUUCAUGUCAACAAAUCAAAACUCCUCCGUCGGAAACCCAAACGAGCUUCUCAGAAACACCCACCUCGUCAACUUCUCCGGCGAGAUCCGGACAGAGCCGCCGCAGAAGAGUCGUGGUCGGAAACCGGGAUCGAAGACAGGCCAGCAAAACCAGAAGAAACCGAAGCUGAGAGGGAUGGGUAUUGCGCGGCUCGAGCGAGCCAUAGAGGAAGAGGAGAAGAAGAACAUGGUCGUCGCAGGAGGAAGAGACGUCAUUUCAGCAGCACCGGACACUAAAGCCACUCGCUCACCCGCACCCGACCCGGUUGUUGUGCUACAAGGCUUUCCAAGCUACGGUGGGCCCACCGCGCCUCUCGUCGGAGGAUGUACUCGGAGCAGGCUCUACUGCGGCGGAGUCGGGUCGGGUCAGAUCAUGAUCGAUCCGGUUGGUUGUCCAUGGGGUUUUGCUGAGACCACCACUCAUGAGCUCUCUUCAAUCCCAAAUCCUCAAACGUAUCACGCCUCCAAUCACCGCUGUGAAACUUGCUUCAAGAAGAAACGUUUGGAUGGAGAUGAUCAUAAUGUAGUACGAUCCAACGGUGGUGGUUUUUCGAAAUACGCAGUGAUUCCUCCUCCGACGAACGGCUACGAUCGUUUUCUCCAACCAGAUCAGAGGAGCCAUGGCUUCUUUUAUGAUCAAAGGAUCGCCAGAUCAGCUCCACCUCCUGCUUUCACUAAUCCGUAUUUUAACGACGCAACAAAUCAUACGGUACGGUACUAA